CGGCCCAAAGGCGUUGGUGGUUGGUGUCCGUACGAAGAUGCGUUGCACUCCGGCAGCAGCAUCAGUACCAGCUCCGCCGUGCUAAUACACCAAAAACACCGGGGCACGGAGGAGAAAUACCGGCGGGGUCUGCGGCUCGAGCGGCGCCGGAGCAUCGGAGCGGCGAGAUGGGAGACCAGAAGGAAUCUCUGCGUAAGAUCACCCACACGCUGGCCAUGAAGAAUGAGGAGAUCUCAAACUUUGUCUGCACUCUCAAGCAGAGCCUUGACAACCUAGAGGCGAACUCCGGUCGAGUGCAGGAGGACCUGGAGUCUGAGUUCACCUCCCUCCACUCUGUUCUGGAUGAGAUGAAGGAAAACAUGAUGACGCGCAUCAAACAGGAGAGAGCCAGCCGCACAUAUGAGCUACAGAGUCAGCUGAGCGCCUGUUCCAAAGCCCUGGAGAGUUCGGAGGAGCUGCUGGAGCUGGCCAACCAGACGCUGUGCUCCUCCGAGACGGACGGUUUCACUCAGGCGGCCAAAGACAUUAAGGAUAGCGUGACAAUGGCUCCAGCCUUUCGCCUCUCCCUGAAGGCUAAAGCCAGUGACAACAUGAGUCACUUGAUGGUGGAUUUCAGCCAGGAGAGAGGGAUGUUGCAGGGACUCAGAUUUCUCCCAGUUCCUGCCACUCCAGAGAUCCAGGUCUCAGAAUGCCAAGUGUGCGACAACACCGUGACUGUAGUGUGGAGCCUACCAGAACCUGACAGCAAGAUAGACCAUUACAUCCUGGAGCACCGACGCACGAACCACGAGGGCCCGCCGCGCAUCAGAGAGGACUACCCCUGGAUGGUGGUGGAGGGGAUUAAAGAGCUGGAGCACACACUCACGGGUCUGCGCUUUGACACCCGGUACUUGACAUUCAGAGUGAGAGCGUGUAACAAGGCCGUGGCAGGAGAGUUCUCUGAGCCCGUCACACUAGAAACCCACGCCUUCAACUUCAAACUGGACGCUGCUUCGUCCCACCAGAACUUGAAGGUGGAGGACUUGAGUGUGGAGUGGGACAGCAGUGGAGGGAAGAUACAAGACAUCCGCAAGGAAAAGAACCGAACCAACUCCCCGAUGCACUCUCCAGCCAGGUCAGCCCUGAUGUCACCUAAGAGAGCGCCAACAGCUCGGCCCGGCAGAGACAGAUUUACAGCAGAGUCCUACACAGUUCUGGCUGACACCAUGAUCGACGCUGGCCAUCAGUACUGGGAGGUGCGGUUUGACAAGGAGAGCAAAGCCUUCGCUGUGGGUGUCGCCCUGCGGAGCCUCGGACGAUUCGACCAGUUGGGGAAAAGUAGCGCUUCCUGGUGCAUCCACCUGAACAACUGGCUGCAGCAGAGCCUCACAGCCAAGCACAACAACAAGGCUCGGACACUGGACUGUCCCAUCCCAAACAGUAUAGGAGUCUACGUAAACUAUGACGAAGGUGUACUGUCUUUCUACAACGCCAAAACUAAGCAGCUGAUGCACACUUUCAAAACCAAGUUCCAGCAGCCAGUUAUACCAGCUUUCAUGGUGUGGAAUGGCAGUUUUUCGGUAGUGACGGGCCUGCAGGUUCCCAGCGUGGUGCAGAGCGGCCAGAGGAAGAACAGCGGCACCAGCAGCUCCAACGCCAGCCUCACCUAGACCCAUCCACUCAGCCAGCCGGACGCCUCACAGCUCCGCUCGACCACAGUCACCGCCGGAGAACCUGGCUGCGGUCAAAGCCAUAUCAUGGAAGAGUUACAUCACUGGAAGAUGAUGGUUUAGCCUGUUCCACAUGCAGUGUUUGUGUUGCAUGACAACAAAGAUGGUUCUGGGAACAAGUGAGACAUCUGCACCGUCAGUGACAGAAUUCUUCAGAUGUAUGACUCUGGCUGUUGUGAUUGCUUGGGACACGUUAGCUGUAGUCUUACUAGUUUUCCUCUACACAUUCAUUUAGCACUGUCCCACUGCUGCUAGAGCAAUGAUUUAGCGCUGGCCGCUGCCCUUCCUUUCCUUUCCAUCACCAAAACUGUCAGUCGUACUGUCAAUGCAGCCAGCUGCAGGUGCAGGGUCAAGGCCUGUCCUGUCUGCUCUCUCCCUGUGCCUUCCUCCUCAUUUCCAAACUGAUAGGCCAAAUCGGGUGAUCUGUACCAACAUGCUAAUAUUUCACUGCAA